CAGCCACACUGAACAAGGACUCCCAUUGUGCAUUGUUUGUAUUGAAUCAUGUGUUUUUCAGUGACUUUAAAUUUAGUUCCAGAAUGAUGUUCUUUGUAUAUCCCCAAAUAUGUGGAUGUUCUCAAAAACCAAGCGUGAAAGUAUAGGUGGCAGUGAGCAUGUGAUCAUGUUUCCUUUACAGGUCAUACAGAGUCAUUUUAGGCUGGCCAAUCAAAUGCAGUCUUGUCUCUAAGAGUGGAGAAAGUGUUGAGAUUUUUUUCAUUCAACAGUAGAAGUUGAGCAAGAUGACAGCUCUUCUGUCUGUCGACUUCUAUCUGAAAUGUUUGUUCUUGUGGAAAAUGACAACAACUGCUCUUUCCUCAUCUGUUCAUCAAGACAAAGAUUUAGUAUUGGUUAAGACUGGAGACAACUUUACUUUACAAUGUUCUUAUAAAAGUGGCGUUCCUGCAAAGUAUUACUGGUUUAAACAAAUUCUGGGACAGAAACCAAGGUUGAUCUCUAGCUUUAGCAUUUUAGAUAAAAAUGGCACUUUUCACGAUGAAUUCAAGAACAAUCCACGAUUCACGCUGGAUACUAAAAACGGCAGAAACGACUUGACAAUGACAGAUUUACAUAUUUCAGACUCAGCUACGUACAACUGCAUUAGUUGUUUUUUGUACACAAUAAAUAUUUCAGAGAGCAUUACUGUCAGUGUGAAGGAUUCAAAUUUGAAUACCCCAGUUUUGGUCCAUCAGUCAGCAUCUGAGACCAUCCAGCCAGGAGGCUCUGUGACUCUGAACUGUACAGUACACACUGGGACCUGUGAUGGAGAACACAGUGUUUACUGGUUCAAAAACUCUGGAGAAUCUCCUCCAGGACUCAUUUACACCCAUGGAGGCAGGAAGGAUCAGUGUGAGAGGAACCCCAACACACAAACACCCUCCUGUGUCUACAAAUUGGCGCUGAAGAGCCUGAAUCUUUCUCAUGCUGGAAUCUACUACUGUGCUGUUGCCAUAUGUGGACACAUACUGUUUGGAAAUGGAACCAAGCUGGACUUUGGGCCUGUUGAAGACUCUCUUGUCUUGAUGUAUUUUUUGAGUGGAGCUUUGGCAUUCACCACCGUCUUCUUGGUUUUACUGGCUUUCUUGGUGUGCAGGAUGAACAAAAGUUUCCAAUCUCCAGAAGCAAGAUGUUCCGCUCCUUCCAUGUCAAAUGCUGAGGGUUAUCGAGACGCUGACGACCUCCAUUAUGCUGCUUUAAAUGUUAACCUGCCCAACAGAUCCAGAAGGCAGAGGGACAACACCAAGAGUGAGUGUGUGUACUCAAGUGUGAAGCAGUAGAACUGGAAUUGCUAUCAUUAUUAUUACUGUCAUUAUUACUAUUAUUAUUACUGAGUAAAGAACGAGGUAGAUUUAGAUGUAGACCUUGACAUAAUUAUCAUUGUUCCUUUUUGGUUUUUAGUUAAAGGAUUUGAUUUUUCUGAGACAUAAAGUGGAAUAAUUUUCACAUUUAGACUGACCCCUGUAUUUUUGUGGUUUCCCUCUAUUAUGUUACUUUAUUAUCCUACUUAGAAUCCAGGUAUCUGAAAUCUUACGGUUCUUCUAUUUCUUAUUAAACCAGUGCAUUUAGAAGGUCAGAUUCAGAAAUGUUUAGAGAUCAAGUAUGUCAUGGACUAUUUUUAUCUCAUGGUUUUGAACACAUCCCUAUCUGUGCUUUUUUUAUGUACAGUUUUUCAAUUCUGUAAGAUGGGUUACUGUUCAGACUGUUUCAGAAUGUUUGUUUCAUUCUGCAAUACAUUUUGGAGUGUUUGCUGUCUGUCUUACGUGUUUGUUGGGGAUAAUGCGUAGGCAGCAUUUGUGUCACUUUUAUCUGCCUGAAUGUAUGAUCUUCUAAUUAUGCCAAUAUUUUGACCUUACUGACUACACUGAAUUCUUUAUCAUAAUCAUGAACAUUCAGUUCAGUCGA